AUGAUCAAGGAGAAGGAGAAAGGCGGAGGUGCCCGCCUGAAAGAUGAGCCCAAUGACCCUACAGAACCAGGGCACGGCUCACGACCGCCGUCAGCGUCAUUACCGACACCAGCAGCCCUGAAGAAGGAACCUGAUGACGGGCCGCACAGAGUGAAGAUGGAACCACACAGCCAAGGUAGCGCGGAAGAUGGUUCAGCCGAUAUGGGUGUUGAUGGCAUAAAGACGGAGAUUGAUGGCCUAAUGGAUAGCGAUGGUGAUCCAACAAAAUCGCCACAGUGUGAUUUGGGAGGUCCCGGAUCGAUGAAAUCCGAGCGACUUUCCUCAGACUCCAAUGACAUCAUUGACCCUCAGACGGGACUAAGAAGUAAUGCGGGAAAUAUACAGGAUGGCAACCAAAAUUGCCGAAAUCCAAAUGGUCCGGAUGGCAUGGGGUCCUGUCGCAUGGGUGGGUCUGGGCCAAUGGGUCCAGGGGUGUCGAUGGGUCCCAUGUCGAGUGAAGCGCAAACUCUACCCUCAAAUGUCAUUAGCAAACAGUCAGGGAGUAUGGAGCAAAGUCAAAUAUUCGUCUUUUCUACGCUACUCGCCAACAAAGCGGCUGAAGCCGUUAUUUCUGGUCAGAACCACUCCAUCAUUGCAUACCAUUGCGCUCAACCCAACACAAAGAAGUACCUAGAGAAACAUCCACUCAAAAUUGGGCAGUUCAACAAACAGAAUCCAGCACAAUGGUUGAACAACUUGGCCAUGGCUAAGCGAGGUGGAUUGAGGGGCGGACCAAACAUGAUGGGUCCUAACCAAAUGGGACAUAUGAUGGGACCCAUGGGGCCUAACAUGGGCCCAAUGGGACACAGCAUGGGUCACAUGGGGCCCAACAUGAUGGGGCCUAACAGGAUGGGAGGGCCUAACCAGAUGAUGAUGAUGAAGGGACAAAUGGGCCAAAUGGGUCAAAUGGGCAUGGAUGGGUUUCCAGGGGGCACCCCGUCCUGCGGUGUCAUGGACGGCCUCGGUGCUGAUGGUGAAAUGCCCUGGGACACCAAAAACCCCUCCGUAAUGUCAAAUGGCAUGUCGAAUGGGCCGGCGCAAUUACCGCCGUGCUCUGAAGCUGGCUCAUCUGACAAUGGCGGAGACAAUAUCUCCUGUCAAUCAGGCCCUAAAGCUUCAGUCUCAUCCGUAGGUGUAAAAAUACCUGAUGAAAACCUCACGCCGCAGCAGCGCGCGCUCAUCGCGAGGAACAAUUGGCCACGAUUAGAAAAAUGCAACAGAUAUUAUUCCCUGAAAGUGGGUCAAAUCCCAACCAAUCAGGGGAUCCCCAGCAAAACUCAGAAAUCAACCCGCCUAACUCAUCAGCCAAUAUGA